AUGAUGAACUGGGGGCAUGACCCUGAGCACCCUGGGGGCGCACGGAGGCCUGACCUCCCCCAGGGCCGCCGCCUAUGCUGGCUGUUCUUCGUCCUCGCCUUAAAGUUCUGCCAAGCCAAAGCACCAGUUCAAGAGGAGAAGCAGUCAGUGAGCUCCUCAAACUUGCCAUGCUGGCUGGUGGAAGGGUUUGUGGUGGCAGAAGAAUGUGCCCCAUGUUCUAAUUUCCAGGCUGAAACCACCCCUGAGUGCAGUUCCACCGGUUAUUUGGAAAAAAUCACAUGCAGUUCGUCUAAGAGAAAUGAGUUCAAAAGCUGCCGCUCAGCAAAGAUGGAACAACACUUGUUCUGGAAAUUUGAAGGGGCUGUCAUGGGCGUGGCCUUGGUCUUUGCUUGUCUUGUCAUCCUUCAUCAGCGACCAUGGGACAGAAAGGCUCUGGAAAAAGCCCGGAAGCAAACUGAAUCCAUAUACCCACAUUCCACCCUUUUCUCAUAG